AUGAAUGCAGGAGCUGCAUGCCUUGUGUUCUGGUUAUCCUUACUCACAGAAGUGCAGGGAACAAUUUUUGAUGUCAAGAAAUUCGGAGCAAAGGCCGACGGAAAAUCAGACGAUUGCAAGGCUUUUGCAAGUGCCUGGAAAGCGGCAUGCUCGUGCAUGACACCAAGCACUCUGGUGAUUCCGAAAGGAGAAUACAUGGUUGCUCAAUUAAUGUUCCAGGGACCCUGCAAGGCCCCUGUAACUUUUCAGCUUCAAGGAACUCUCAAGGCCCCAACAGUCAUGAACAAGAUGAAGUCUCAGGAUGGUUGGCUUGCUUUCCUUGACAUUGAUGGCUUGACAGUCCUCGGAGGUGGAACUUUUGACGGUCAAGGAUCAGCUGCUUGGGCCUCUAAUAAUUGUGCCAAAACUGGAAAAUGCAAUUCUCUACCCGCAAAUUUACGAAUCACUAAAGUUACCAAUUCGAAGAUUCAAGAUAUAACUUCGCUUAAUAGCAAGCUCUUUCACAUGAACAUCUUGGGCUGCAAGAACUUGACUCUUCAACAUAUUACCAUAACUGCACCAGAAAACAGCUUAAACACUGAUGGAAUUCACAUAGGUCGAUCAAGUGGGAUCAAUAUAACCGACACAAACAUUCAAACCGGGGAUGAUUGUGUCUCUCUUGGCGAUGGCAGCCAACAAGUAAACGUUGAAAAGGUUACCUGUGGACCUGGCCAUGGCAUUAGUAUUGGUAGCCUCGGCAAAUACCGCAACGAGCAACCUGUUGUAGGUGUAACAGUGAGAAAUUGCACUCUCACAAACACAAUGAAUGGCGUCAGGGUUAAGACAUGGCCAGCUUCUCCUAGUGGCGUUGCCUCCAAUAUGCAUUUUGAGGAUAUCAUCAUGAACAAUGUUAGCAAUCCUAUUUUAAUUGAUCAAGAAUACUGCCCUUAUGGUCAAUGUCAAACUAAGGUUCCAUCGCGUAUUAGGAUUAGUGAUGUUAGCUUCAAGAACAUUAGGGGCACUUCCGCGACUGAGCUUGCGGUGAAGUUUGUUUGCAGCAGAGGUUUACCAUGUCAGAAGGUGGACAUUUGUGACGUUAACUUGACUUACAACGGGAACGGCGCAGCAACAUCAGAAUGUGCUAACGUGAAGCCUACAAUUUCUGGGAAACAGUUUCCACCUGUGUGUACCAGGACUACUUAA